UCGAAUUUAACGCCUUAGAACAACUGUACCAUUUAUAUUAACCAAUUGGAUUAUGCCUCAAAAUAAAAAUGUAAUUCGAGUUUUGUUAGUUCAAAACCUAGCCAAAACUUUGUUUGUUCUAUUUUGAAGUGUCUGUUUUGUUUAACGCGCUUAUUUGUGCUGAUUCUCUCUAACCUGUUAGAACAGAAGCUAACUGGGUAUAUUAUUUACGCAUAUUUCUACUGCUGCGGCGCAGCUUUUUUCGUUCCGGGUGCUGCUGACCGGUACGUUACGACAAACCGUGAAAUGAUUGGAUUAGCGCAGUGAGUGUUUUGCUGAUACGUCCUCGUGUUUGCUAUGAGUGUGAGUGUGCUACGUCACUGAUACUUUAGAGGUGACGCUUUAUUCAAUAGAAAGCUCCUUCUAAUCAUAAUAACCCUCUCCGUAUGAGAAAGUUGCAACGGCUGGAUUGGUGUGUAACCUCAAGCUACGACAAAUAAGUCGGCCAGAAACGAUAUCAAUAACAAGCAUCCGCCACUCAUCGAUUAACGAAUGGAAUCGUGCCGGUAGAUCGUUACUCUUCCUCUAGGGGAUACUUAUCGAGAAGUGGUAGCCGUAGACCGUAGACCGUUGUUGUGUAGACUAGAACAGUCGGGACGCUAAUGUUUUUAGCACCCGUAGCUAGACGCGUGCUAAUCGAAGCUCAACAGCAGAUAACUUUCAGAUGUCUUAAGCCUUUAAAAUCGACUGUGCGUAGCCCGAUCUAUGUAGCAAUUACGGGUGACAGUGCCCCGUUAGACCACAGGAAUUCGCUCAUGUUGAAACCACCACAUAUUUUGGUAUUCGGUCAGGAUGACGCUGAAUGGAAAAAGCGUAUUGAGAAUAUCAUAGACCCAGAUCUGUAUCUAGUCUAUACGAUGACUGUGCAAGAGCUACAGUCACCGGCGUGGAUUCGUAAUUGUCGUUUACUCUGGCUAAGCCAAAUUCAGCCAGAAGAAUGGCCGGAAGCGAUGAAAGCUAAUCUAGAAAACUACUUCCUGACAGGUGGAGCUAUUGCGGGUGGAGAUCUAGCGCUGGUAAACACAGAUUUGCUAGCUAAAGCUGUUCACGUGGAGACGGACGACGAUUCGGCGCUUCGUGAAUAUUUCGAGGGUCUAGGAAUUUUGUGCGACCAAACGGACAAGUCGAUUUCGAAGACCGAAGGUUACCUCAUGACAGACAAACAGGUUGACUCGUUUUUUAAUGGCAAACUUGCCGAUGAAGAAUUCCGGAUCUCGGACGAUGAGCCGAUUAAUGAUAAGUUUACUCCGAUCCGGUUGGGCCAUCCGGACCGCUCGAAGUUCAACACGGAGAAAUAUUUUCAGUAUUUGCGGACGCGCGAAAUAGGCCGAACAAUUCUCUACACCGAGAAUGUGUCGACGACGAUGUCAACGAUCCGCACAAUCGAUUCGGUCCAUGGUGCGGUGGCCGUGGCCACACGCCAGAUUCGUCCUGUAGCCCGCGGGCGAAAUUCGUGGAUUAGCCCUCGCGGAUGCGCCAUGUAUAGUGUCGUAUUACAUUUAUCGCAGAUGGAUCGUAUCGCCCAAAGAAUGUCGUUCCUUCAACACCUGGCAGCGCUGAGCAUUGUUCGGGCCAUUCGAUCUAUUUACCCAUACCUUGAAAUUGCCAUUAAGUGGCCAAAUGACGUAUACUUCAAACGCGAUGUAAAAAUUGCCGGAAUCCUGUCGACUUGCACUAUGAAAUCAACGGGCGAAUAUUACAACUACUUCGGUUGCGGAGUCAAUAUCAGCAACUCGAAGCCGCUCACGUGUGUCAACGAUUUGGCAAACAGCCAGGAACUUACAGUGGAACAAUUCAUCGCGGUAAAGUUAACUCAGUUCGAGAGGCUGUUGGAUCUCUACGAAAAAGACCCAUCAAAAGUUCUUGAGGAGUAUCACGCCAAUUGGCUACACACGGACGAAGAAGUCAUCGUGGAGGCAGUCAAUUCCCGGGCUACCAUACGUUGCGUCGAUGAGGACGGUUUCCUGCUGGCGGAGAAACCUGAUGGCGAAAUGCUGCGCCUGCAGCCCGACGGUAACUCGUUCGAUGCUAUGAAAGGCCUUAUUACCAUCAAGCAGAGGCGGGAAUCAUAGCCACUUCAUAUGGCACAAUAUAGCAACAGUGAUGGUUUUAUGAAAAAAAUCGUUUGGUAUUUGAACAGCUUUUUAUUGGUCACAAUUUUAACAGAAGUUGUAUUUGUUUGUUGUUCUAGAACGGUGCAGUAUUUUUCAACAGUGUCCGAACGAGUGUCCAAACAACAGUGCCUGUUUGAUAAUUGAAUGAGUACGAUAUAGGUAGCCAAGAGAAAUGUUUGUUUGCUCAUCAUAAUGUGACCAUGACUAUCAGAGCACUGAAGUCGCACAUAACUCUGCCACUAACUCGUAUUAGAAGUUGAUUUUGGCGGAAUAAAUAGACCACUCUAUGUUCGUCCGAUUUUACUGUUGGCUACAUGUACGGUUCACGAUAUAUUGAUCAUCGUUUGUCUAACAGGAAUUAGUUCUUGGCUCAAAAUGUAUGAUCUCAAAGAGUGUUCCUAACGACGUUUAUUAGACUUCCGAUCAAAUGAAACCCUUCUGUUUAUUUACCCUUAUGCAGGAUAAAAUAUUUUAUAAAGUUGUUAUGAGGUUGACAUAACUGGCACUUAAAAGAUCAGCUCUUCUCGGUCGUGGCAGAAAUUUAAGUGACAGUGUUCGCUUUAUAAACGAGUGUUUCGUCUAAUACUCGUACGGAUUAUUGAUUGUAAUUUUUAGCCGUGUGUCGGACUAUUUCAACAACUACAAUUAAGCAGUGAAGUUUUUCAUUCAGUACUAUUCUACAUGCUAUUUUUGAGGAAAGAGCUGCACUAGGAAAAGAUCGUGACCUCGAAAUAUUUCUAAACCACGGGGAUGCAUUCGACAGACCCAAAUUAAACACAUAAAAAUUCAGUUACUAUAUCUGAUAGGCACGGCUUGAGAUAGACUAUAGCUAAAUUGUAGAACAACAAUAUUAUGCAGAUUCUGUUGUAGAUUAACAACUGGUUUUUUGGUUUUAGUUAUUUUUCCAUCAGGCCGUGAAUGAUAUUACACUUCAGAUUGCAUUCUAUGUUCUUGCAGGACUUUUACGCCACCGUCGAAGACAUUGUAGCCGAAAUGCAGGCGAAUUAAGUACACUUAGAUAUCAUAUAUGAAGUAUAAUUAAUUGCAGUGGAAGUUAGGCGAGAACCUUGGUCGUUAGCUUUUUCAAAAUCCGUUUAUAUUUGUUUCACCAUUCAUUUAUGAUCUUCAUAUAUUUUUUUUUUUUAAUACAAGUGUCGAUUCUUGAAUAAACAAGUAAAUUGGUUUGUUUAUUAUUA